UCUACAAGUAGCCGCACACUUGCAUGGUCGCAGGCGGAAGAGUUUUGUUGACAUUAUUUGCCAACGUGACUUACUCGUAAUGUAUAGUAGGCUUACUCCAUCAAUACGCAUGAUGUCAGUUGUGGAGACGCCAACGGGCAGUAAAAGUCCUGACGAGGAGGCGAGGGGGACAAAAAGAAAGAUUUCCCUGUCGAAUUGUGGUGUGUGUGGUUUUGGGGAGGCCAAGUACAAGUGCCCUGCCUGUCUCACACGUUCAUGCAGUUUGCUCUGUGUGAAGAAACACAAGGAAGAAUCUCCAUGCAGCGGUGUUCGAAACAAAAGCGCCUUCCUGAAACUCUCUCAAUUUGAUGAAAUGACUCUACUCAGUGAUUACCGGUUUCUUGAGGAUACAGGAAGAUUUGCUGGUGGCGCCCAGAGAGACAAUCUCAUUCGUGCCCAUGUCCGUUACACUCCCAACAGAGUCAAAAAUCUAUUAGUAAAUGCCCGGAAGAUGAACAUCACUUUGAGAACCCUCCCCAGAACCUUCACCAAGAGUAGGAAAACUCCCAGCAUCUUCAAUUCAAGGGAAAAAAUGUUUCUGUGGCACCUGAAGAUUGUGUUCCCUCAGAGUGGGACAGAAUUCAGCCAGGAAAGGGUGCGUGACACGCUAAGUCUGGAACAGAUCUUGAUGCCUUAUAUCCACCCGACAGAGUCAGACCCUAUAAUACGCCAGAAGUUGAAGAGCUAUGUAUGUACCCCAAUAGAGGAUGUCGGCGUUUUCAUGAAGGAAGAAGGACGCAAAGCAAACUCAAUCAGGUACCAUCAACUGGAUUUACACAAGAGCCUUCGAGACAACCUGCGCUACAAAAUACUCAUCGAGUAUCCUUUACUCCACGUGGUACUGAGCGAUCAUUGGAAGGACUUUGCGGUGGAAGAACCAGCUGCGCCGGGCAACGCUGAGCACGCAAGCGAGGACCUCGGCCGAUGUUCCCCAUCCCCGCAUUGCCCUCUGGCCACUCUCACAGCAACACAGCCCAGCCCAGAAUCGCUGUCGCCACAAGAGAAAAGACUCAAAAGAGAAUGGAGGGACGAAGAAUUAGAAGAAGGAGAGAUUGCCGAUAGUGAGGAUGAAGGGGAGGCGGAGGAAAAUAUUGCCGCAAUGAUUAUUAAGACCUGUGAUGAGGAGGCCGAAAGCAAAGACAGACAUCAUUGUAUGAAGGAAGAUGCAGCAACUGUUGACAAGAGUGGGACUGCCAGGGCCAGUACAGAGACUGACGACACUUCACUUUGAAAAUCACUUUUAAGGCUAGGAAGUAUAAGGCUGUGCAAAUGUGUGUGUCUUUUUUUUAUACUAAAAGGAAUAAACAAUUGUCACG